AUGAUUGCAACUGGCCUUAUCCUCACCUCGCUCUUCACACUUGGCCUGAGCAAGCCCGUGGCGCGCACUCUCCGCCUGCACGAGGCCCGGUCGACUGUCCCGACGGGAUUCUCGCAGGUUGGCUCUGCCGACGCUGAUACCGUGCUCAACUUGCGCCUUGGCCUUGUGAGCAGCAGCGCCGACAAGCUUGUCGAGACCCUUUACGAUGUAAGCACGCCGUCGAGCGCGAACUACGGCCAGCAUCUGUCUAGAUCUGAGGCGGCAGCCCUCCUCGCGCCGUCGUUCGAGACGCUCCAGGCCGUGAAUGCAUGGUUGGAUGAGAACGACAUCACUGCAAGCACCAUUUCACCUGGUGGUGACUGGCUUUCCAUCUCCAUCCCUGUCAGCCAGGCGAAUGAGAUGCUUGACGCCGAUUUCUCUGUCUUCACUCACGAGGCGACGGGUGCCCAGAGCGUCCGCACGCUCCAGUAUUCCAUCCCCACCGAUCUGGUCGGCCAUCUUCAGCUCGUCCACCCGACGACGACGUUCACGCAGCCCACCUCGCCCAGGUUUCCUCUCAACGCGAAGCUGUACUCGGGCUCCAAGGAGCAGAAGCGUCAGUCCGCUUGCGGAAGCGACGUUGACCCAGCGUGUCUUCAAGAGCUUUAUGGCAUCCCGACGACCGCGGCCACCAACCCUGACCCUAUCGUGGUCACUGGGUAUGAUAAUCAAUAUCCCGACCCUAGCGACAUGAGCAACUUCUUGUCCAAAUACCGCACGGAUAUCAACUCUUCGACUACCUGGACUAUAGUGGAACUCGACGGUGGUUCGUACGACCCUACUAACCCCGGAGACGAAGCAGACCUCGAUGUGCAGUACACGGUCGGCCUCGCUACGGGCGUCCCGGUGUACUUCAUCUCUGUCGGCGAAAGCACUAGUGACGGCGUCUUCGGCUUCUUGGACACGGCGAACUACGUUUUGUCCAAUCUCAGCGAUGCUUACGUGAUGACGACCUCCUAUGGCUCGAAUGAGAACGAGAUCUCCGCAGACGUGUUCAGCAAGCUCUGCGAUGCUUAUGCGUCUCUCGGCACAGCGGGUAUCUCUGUGCUGUUCGCGUCCGGAGAUGGUGGUGUCUCGGGCUCCCAGAGCUCAUCUUGCACCGAUUUUGUCCCUACGUUCCCGUCUGGCUGCCCUUACGUGACUUCCGUAGGUGCGACGACGGGCACCAGUCCCGAGACAGCCGCCGACUUCUCCUCCGGCGGUUUCUCCAACGUAUAUCCAACGCCCUCCUUCCAGUCCUCUGACGUUUCCGCAUUCAUCUCCGGUUUGGGGACCACUUACAGCGGACUGUACAAUGCCUCUGGUCGUGGAUUCCCUGAUGUCUCCACUCAGGGCGAGAACUUCCUCAUCGGGUACGACGGGGACAUCUACACCGUCGACGGGACGAGCUGCUCUAGCCCGACCUUCGCAAGCGUCGUCGCGCUCCUCAACGACGAGCUGCUGAGCGCAGGCAAGAGCCGGCUCGGGUGGCUGAACCCUUGGCUAUACGAGAACGCGGAUGCGUUCAAUGAUGUUACGAGUGGUGACAACCCGGGAUGCAGCACCAACGGCUUCACUGCCACGACUGGCUGGGACCCGGUGACCGGGCUCGGUACGCCGAACUACAGUGCGCUGAAGACUGCUGCUGGCCUGUGA